GGGCGACACCGCUCUGAAGGAUGGAGGCGCAGCCAGGCAAAUGAUACAUGGCCGGCGAAACACGCAAUUUUGGCGGUCCCUCUAGACCGAAAUGGAAAAAGAUAUGGGAGCUGUGGCGUCGGACGGGGGAGGUCUUUAGCUGCGUGGCGGACUCGGGAAGCAGAGAGGGGCAGAUGUGGGCGUGGGCGGUCAGAGUGGUGGGAUGGCCGAGAGGAGGGGGAUUUUCGUAGUCCAGAUCAGCACCGAAAACAUGGAGCAGAAAAAUAACGCUUCUCGAUCGAUCGAUGCUACCUUGGUGGAAGGUCGGUUGCCCAACAAAAUGAGGGUUGUUGGAGGGUAGCCCGCGAGUAGAUAGCAAGAGCAUAUAUUUGGGCGAGAGGGAGGAAGAGAGGGAGAUACAAGGUAGAGAGAGACGGUGCAGAGACGUCCACGUUGUCGACCAUAUCGCCCACAUCCCCCCAAUCAAGCAAUUAAUCCAUCACGAGAGGUGAGUUCAAGUCCUGACCGCCAGAUGAAGCUGGCUCGCUGGCUCUUCCCAAGUGCUACACCCGCGCAGUCCUCUGGAUGGAGCCCAAUGGUCCCAGGGUUCCCACUUUCUGGAGCUCCUCAACCCGCUGGUUAUCAUUUGCUGGCGGCGGCUGCUCAGGGACCAGACCAGGGCCAUCAGAGCUGCACAACUACAUCACCCCUUGUCAUGGUUCUUGUCUGCCAUGCUCGCCCAUCCACACCAGGUCCUCGCCCACAGCACAUGCAGGUGAUGAAAUCUUUGGGUCGCCUUGACGUGCCCUGAGACCGUCUCGUGCGGUGCCAGAAGCUCUCGCUAAAGCUUGCUGUUUUGAUUUUUCUUCCGUCCUCUCAUCCCACCUUCUCGGAAGUUUUGCAUCACCGCUCUACUUUUCUUUACCCGCUCAACUCUCACUUUGCCUUCACUUCACCCUCCCAUUCCACCUCAAAACCACUCUCUACAAGACCAAGAGGUCGUAUCUCGAGACGCAGCUGGUUGCUAAUUCGUCUCCAGACGUCAACACCUAGGCUUUCGAGCGUGAUCUGAGACUGUCUCCAGAUCCAAUCUCCACCCUCCACUUCCGUUUCACCCCCUCUUGCACAGCGCAGCAGAGCCCAUACCUACAGCCACAGCCAUGGCCUCGAAAGCAAUCCCAUCUCAUCUCCGUCCUCACGGUGCAGCCAACGGCUCCAACGGCCCAGCUCCAGCUGAGAAGAGACAUCACGGCAAGACACAGUCUCAUGUGGUAAGCAAAAAAAACAUUCCUUGAUUCCUACAGCUCGUCGUAUCAUAUCACUUCCACCCACUGUCCAACAUGCAAAAUAGCAUGGCACAAGGGGCAAUCCCUCCUCCUUCCAAUGACGCACGGGCCCGUUUCCCGCAUACCCCGGAGUCCGUUUGGGACACCCGCCGCCUUGUCUGGAAAUAAAUCCUGCGAGAUCACGGUUAUGGCGAUCUGGUCCAUCUUGAAAUGAGGCGUCAAACGCUGUUUUGUACUCGUCAUCUCAUACUCUGCGCACCCUCCCGCGAAUUUGCUGCUUUUUUAAAGUCGCCCUGACACGUUCUUUGCUCUUGCUCCUUUUCCUCUUUUUGGACUUCUAAGCCUUCCCUUGUUCAAAAUGCCGCUACUGGAACCUCCUCCGCCAAUUGAGUUGCACACUUCUUCUCUUUCUCCCAACCGCAUCCACUCUCCCUCUGAGCCCCUGCUAAUCAAAUCUCCCGCGAUGCAGGCCUUUGAGAACACCUCUACCAAUGUCGCUGCUAGCCAAAUGCGCAAUGCCCUCAACAGCCUCGCAGACACGGUCAAAGACCCGGCGGAAAAGAAGAGAUUCGAGGCGGAAAUGGACAACUUUUUCUCCCUGUUCAGAAGAUACCUCAAUGACAGAGCCAAGGGCAACACCAUUGACUGGGCCAAGAUAAACCCUCCAAAUCCCGACCAGGUCGUCGCCUACGAUGACUUGCCCAACAGCGACGCAGUUGAGUUCUUGAACAAGCUCGCAGUUGUCAAGCUCAAUGGUGGUCUGGGUACCUCGAUGGGUUGCGUUGGUCCCAAAUCUGUCAUCGAGGUCAGAGAUGGAAUGUCCUUCCUUGAUCUUUCCGUCCGCCAGAUCGAGUACCUCAACCGCACCUACGACGUCAAUGUUCCGUUUGUUUUGAUGAACAGCUUCAACACCGACGAAGAUACCGCGUCCAUCAUCAAAAAAUACGAAGGCCACAACAUUGACAUCUUGACAUUCAACCAAUCUCGGUAUCCUCGCGUCCUUAAGGACUCACUGCUUCCGGCGCCAAAGUCGUACGACUCCCAACUUUCCGACUGGUAUCCUCCCGGACACGGUGACGUGUUUGAGUCUCUCUACAACAGUGGCAUCCUUGACCAGCUCUUGGACCGUGGCAUUGAGAUCAUUUUCUUGUCCAACGCCGACAACCUUGGUGCCGUGGUGGAUCUACGCAUCUUGCAGCACAUGGUGGAGACCAAAGCCGAGUACAUCAUGGAGUUGACGGACAAGACCAAGGCCGACGUCAAGGGUGGUACCAUCAUCGACUACGAAGGGCGCGCACGACUUCUGGAAAUUGCCCAGGUUCCGAAGCAAUACGUGAACGAAUUCAAGUCGAUCAAAAAGUUCAAGUACUUCAAUACCAACAACAUCUGGAUGAAUCUGCGAGCUAUCAAGCGGGUCGUCGAGAACAACGAGUUGGAGAUGGAGAUCAUUCCCAACGAGAAGUCGAUCCCGGCGGAUAAGAAAGGCGAGGCAGAUAUCUCCAUUAUCCAGCUCGAGACUGCCGUCGGUGCGGCCAUCAAACACUUCAAGAACUCGCACGGUGUCAACGUACCCCGUCGACGAUUUUUGCCCGUCAAGACUUGCUCGGAUCUCAUGUUGGUCAAAUCGAACUUGUACACCUUGUCACAUGGUCAACUGAUCAUGGACCCCAACCGAUUCGGGCCUGCGCCACUAAUCAAAUUGGGCAGCGACUUCAAGAAGGUCGCGCAGUUCCAAAAGAGAAUCAGCAGCAUUCCCAACAUUGUGGAGUUGGAUCAUCUGACUGUUACUGGCGAUGUGAACUUUGGCCGUGGAAUCGUUCUGAAGGGUACCGUCAUUAUUGUGGCUACUGAGAACAGCACCAUCGACAUCCCCCCUGGAUCGAUCCUGGAGAACGUGGUGGUUCAGGGAUCCCUGAGACUGCUUGAGCAUUAGAUUGAGUCUGUGUUGGCGUGCGUUAUCUACUGUGCAGAUGUGUCAAUGGCUUCCUACUGUGCUUCGACGUCAUGUACAGUGACCUACCGAUUGUGGGGUUGGAUGGUGGGGGCCGAUGCUUAGACGAGAGAUGAUAUCAUCCUCCUACUUCCCAAGAUGGCAAGACAGAAAAUUUGUGGACAGCAGAAACAGCCAUGAAUUGGCAGGUGGCUUGUGCGAGGUCUUGUACCGAUGGAAGGAUGGAGCAUGGCAUCGACCCAUGACGGGAGACUGUUCUUUGUGUAACACGGGUUCUAAUAAGACAAAGUCGGCAAACCAUUACAAAGGCCCAGGUGCUUUUUGAGAGUACGAGUAAACAGUGUGACAUCAUGGGGCUCUGGCGAGUCUGGGGGUUAACCUUCCUUUUCCGAGCGUACCCCCGUGCCAAUGAUUAAGCCCCCGGAUAAACUAUGCCCGUGCCUUUAUUCCGCGCUGUGGUUUUUUCCGGGACGAGGCGGCACUUAUUCCUCAGGCUGAACACUCGAGAUACUUACGCAGAGGCGAAGUGAAGUCUCUACACUUCUUUCCCAGUCCAUUUACGCAGCUGUCCCCCUUUCCCCCUGGCCGUGCACAAUAAUAUUAUUGAACCGCAUUAUCUUUUCGAGGCCAAGGGGCCGUCAUUGAUACGUGAUUCAGGAAGGGGCGGGGAACGAGGGAGAAUAGAAAAGGCUACUACUCAUUAGGGCGAUCUCGCGUGGAUGAACUGGGGGGGAGAAUAAGAAGUGGUACGACCGGGACUGAGUGAGCGAGCGAGUGGUCCGGGAAGAGGAUAGGAGGCCGCAGAAAGAGCUGUCAGGAAAGAAUACGACGAGGAUCGGUAAGAGGUGUGGCAGAAAAGGAAGGGAAAGGGGGAAAACUCUAGCAGAGGAUAGGAGAGGACAGGGGGAGAAGAGAAUAGAAGGGUCUCGAGGCAGGAAAGGAGCGCAGACGAACAGAGACGACGAGGGACGAGAGACGAGAGACGAGAAAGAGGGAAUCGAAAGAGCGCGGUGGGGAGAACCGUUUCGUCGACUUUACCUCGUACACACGGUAUUACACCACAUCCGAUCCUCUAUAUCAGAGUAAACAAC